AUGUUGCCAAGGAUGUUCACAAAAGGCGGCUUGCUCCUGGCUUUGUUCUGCUGCUGCGUAUCCGGUGUCAUCAGAUUCGAUCAGCUCCUGGAAGGAAAUUCUGACAAUCAACUACCACAAGACCCUGUUAUUUCGCCACGACUCGACCCCUUUGACCUGACCCACGGCAACAGGAGCAGUGCCAAAGACGCCGGGCCUCAACUCUCCAAAAUGCUGGAGAAAACCAAGCAACAGGAAGUCCAAUCAUCGAAAAUAAACAAAUCCCGCGCAGAUGACAAAGAGUCCCGCAGAUCUGAAGCGUCCGUAAGUUCUUCCGGGGGCACAGGAGAAAACGGCGACGAAGGAAACAGCAGCGGAAAUUACGCCAAUUUAGAAAAUAGCAGUUCCUCCGGGCCUGUGGUAGUCAUGGUUUCUGGGAUAGAGCCUUCUUCCAGCACUGGGCCUGAAGAAGAAAAUGUGGAUAAACCGAAACCAGAGAAGAAGAAGCAGAAAAAGAAAAAGAAGAAAGGUCAGAAGCCUCCGAAAAAGGUCAAGAAGAAGCAGAAGGAACCUAAUCCUCAACGCCCUCAAAUGCCCAAGAUGAAGAUCAAAAUCAUCAAAAGGUGA